ACUACAAAAACAUCAUGGCGGCUGGAAAAGGCAUCGUAAAAGGUGUCCAAGGGUUUUUAAGGAAGCCAGCCGUUAAAAAAGUUGUAGACACCCUCUUUCCGGAUCCAAUGUCGAGAUUAAAGUACCAGGAGAUUCUGUGGGACUUCAGCAAUAAGGAAUCUUUAGAACAGUGGACACUGAUAACAGAUGAACAAUUUGGUGGUAAAUCAGCAGCUGAAUUUGUACGAUCUCCAGGGGGAAAGGCUGUGUUUAAAGGAAAUCUAUCCACUGAACUACCUCAAGCUACGAGUGUCAAGUACAGUGGUAUGUGUGCAAUCAGAGCGCAGCCACACAGGGAUUGGAAAGGUGAUGUUGUUGCAAAUGACGUAACAGAUUAUGAUGGUAUUGUUAUGAGAGUGCGAGGUGAUGGUAGAACAUAUGCAUUCAAUGUUCAGACACAAAGCAUUAGAGAUGAUGACAUUCAUCAGUCUUUCUUUCAUACAAGAGGAGGACCACUUUGGGAGACAGUAAAGGUGCCAUUCACGAAGUUUGUCCUAACCAAUGCAGGUUACUUGCAGGAUCAACAGAUGGCUUUUCCAAGGAUACGCACACUAGGCUUCACUUUAGCAGACUGGAACACAGGACCAUUUCAUUUAGAAAUUGACUACAUUAAGCUGGUUAUGUUUAUGUACCAGCCUAAACAUUUCAAGUACCACUGGCAAAGUAAAGUUUAGAUUUGUUAUGAGGCAGUCCCCUAAUGUAUUUUUCUGUUUCCCUUGACUAUGAAAUGUUUCGGUAGAAACAUUUCAUUUGUAUUGGCCACUUUUUCUGAAUUUAGGCUUGUGUUCAACGUCUACAAAUUUGAUAUAUUUUCAUGUAUGGAGUCAGUUUUGAAUCAUAAUGUAAACUUCACCUUUGCUUGUUACUCGUGAAAAAAAACUAAGCCACAUCGAUAAAUGUUUUCUCCAGAGCACUGUCCUUCAAUUUAAUAAACAGGUAAACGAUGGUCACAGAAAUUUCAACCGCUAUGGAUCACAAGAAUCAUAUGUAAUGAAACGGCUCAGGUGUGCACUCUUGGAUGAGUGUUGUUUUUUGUGUGUGUGGAAAAGUUGUGGUAUUGUUUUAAUAGCUUAUCAUUAGUGCUUCGGCAAGAUUUUCUAUGCCUGCUAGAAACUAUGAGAACUUAUGAAGCCUUGAGCAUAUCAUUCCUCAACGAAAUUUCACUGGAACAAAAAUAACAGAACUUUGGUAGUAGUAACAAACAUUGUGCAAAUAAUUAUGUUUAUGGAUUCAUAUAUAUACUUCAACAGAUCAUUUCUAUCUUAAGUUUAAAUUGUAUAUAAAAAAUUUAUCAGAUAUAAUUUUCCUUUUUAGCAAUAUUAUUAUGUUUUUCAUGA